AUGGGAAGUGUCGGUUUUCCAUUGAAAUCAUUAGCGUGCAUUUUGAUUGUCGUGAUCCUGGAAGGAUUCUGCGAUAGUCACAAUGAGACCUGGUGUUAUGACAAACCAAGUUGUGGACCUCAGACUUGGGGAUCUCUUGGUUUCUGCAAUGGCAGGAAACAGUCUCCCAUCAACAUUGAUACCAAGGAUGCCGUUCCUUGGGCUGGUCUGGGACCUAUAAGGUUCACCAACUACGAAGACCGUAAACUCGUAAAGCAACUUAAGAAUAAAGGCUAUCAAGCUGAGGUGGUACUUCAUUCAGGAGCAACAAUCUCUAGUGCCGGCCUUCGAGCCACAUACUACCUACAGCAUUUCCACUUCCACUGGGGCACUGAGGACAGCGAUGGCUCAGAGCAUACAAUCAACGGCCAACGCUAUAGCAUGGAGCUCCACUUGGUUCACACUAAAAACAACAUGAGUGUAGAAGAGGCACUGAAGGAUCCUGAAGGAGUGGCUGUCCUGGCAUUGUUCAUGAAGAAGUCCCGAAAGUAUGCCCAAGUCAAUCCAUGGAACACUCUAGCUAACCUCUUCAAAAAAAUCCCAGAGAAAGGUGACACUUGGGAUCUGAAUGGGGAAUUCUCUGUGGGUGGCUUAUUGAGCACAGCAGACGUAAGCCACUAUUACUGCUACAAAGGCUCUCUCACCACUCCAAACUGUGAAGAGGUUGUGACCUGGAUUAUCUUUCCAGACCCCAUUGAGGUUUCUGAACAAGUGAUUAAGAUAUUCUCAAACUCACUAUAUUUUACUACCGUUAAAGAGGGCAGGCGAAUGAGAAAUAAUUUCCGCCCUCUGCAACCCUUGAAAGGUCGAAAGGUCUAUUACUACAAAGAAAAUAUAUCAGUGAUCAGCUGCCUACUACACUGCUUUUACUAA